AUGGCGGCCGUGCUCGCAAGGUCGCGCCUCGCUUCCCGGGGGCACUUAGAGGCAGCAGCGCACCACUGCUGGCUUCUGUGGUUCUUGUGCACGAGUAGGUUGAAGUCAAGGAAUUUCUGCGACAGCAGUUUGUGUAGAGAGCCAUGGAAAGCCCUUCUGGUUCAAGCCUCCCAGUCUACCUCCCUCUGGCCUUCUCCAGCCAUGUCCUCGCUCGCCCCCACGCUUUGCCGCGGAUUCCGCAAGGGCAUGGUGCCCCCGGCGGUUACCGCUGUGCAGAGGAGGUUCUUGAACCUGCACGAGUACCAGGCACAGAUCAUCUUCCAGAAGUUUGGAGUCGGAGUGCCGAAGAACCUGCCAGCUUUCUCUGUCACAGAAGCAGUGGAGAAGGCCAAGGAGAUCCCUGGUGACGAGGUGGUGGUGAAGGCCCAGGUUCUCGCUGGCGGCCGAGGCCUGGGCCACUUCAAGGAGAACAGCUUCCAGGGCGGCGUGCACAUCGUGCCCAAGACCAAGGUCGCCGAGAUUGCCGAGAAAAUGCUCGGAAAGACGCUCAUCACCAAGCAGACUGGGGAGGAGGGCAAGCCCAACAACACGGUGCUCCUGGCCGAGAAGGUCUCAAUCAAAGAUGAGAAAUAUUUCGCCAUCCUCAUGGACCGGGCAAGCGGCGGCCCGCUCAUGAUCGGCAGCAAGACAGGAGGAACCUCCAUCGAGGACAUCGCAGCAGCGGACCCCACGGCCAUCAUCAGAACGCCGGUGGACAUCAUCGAAGGCAUCAAGAUGCCGGCUGCCGAGAAGAUGGCCACCGAGAUGGGCUUCAGCGGGGCCCAGGCAAAGGAAGCGGCAACCCUGAUGGCCAAUCUCUACAAGGUCUUCAUCGAGUGCGACUGCACCAUGCUGGAGAUCAACCCACUGGCCUCGUUGACGGACGGUCGUGUGCUGGUCUGCGACUCCAAGGUCAACUUUGAUGACAAUGCCUCCUACCGCCAGAAGGAGAUUCACGAGCAGCGGGACACCUCCCAGGAGAACCCCAUCGAGGUGGAGGCCAAGAAGUAUGACUUGAACUACAUCAAGCUGGACGGCAAUGUGGCAUGCAUGGUGAAUGGAGCCGGCCUGGCAAUGUCCACCAUGGACCUUCUCAGCAUCCUCGGCGGAAGCCCUGCCAACUUCCUGGACGUGGGCGGCGCAUCCACCGUGGAGACCAUGACCAUGGCGUUCAAGAUCAUCAUGGGCGACCCCAACGUGAAGUCCAUCUUCGUCAACAUCUUCGGCGGCAUCGCGCGCUGCGAUCACAUCGCAGAGGCCGUGGUGGCGGGGGUGAAGGCUGUCGGCGGAAAUGCGGCCAUCAAGCCGCUGGUCAUCCGCCUGGAAGGUACGAACGUCGAGGCUGGCAUGAAGAUCAUCAAAGAGAGCGGAGUGGAGGCUUUCCUCACUAACGACUUCACCACUGGCGCCAAGAAAGCCGUCGAGCUUGCGAGCAAGUGA